AUGGCCGCGCCGCUGCGAGAGGUUGUGAUUGGGACGCAUGACAGUGCCAACAGUCAUAAUGACAACGGGGCAUCGCUGACGAUGCCGCCGUGGGACGACCACCUGCCAGAAUUGCCAGAACUGGCGGAGGUGGAGGCGCAUGUUGCAUCGCUGCGGGCUCUUGUAACGAACGGCGGGGCGCCCAUUGAGCCCACGCACCUUCAACUCAUCGACACCAUCGUGGACCGCCUCGACCAGGUGUACUACUGGGCGGUUGAAGAGGGCACAACGCUUCUCAGUGAACCAAGUCAGUUGGCGCAAUGCAAGGUGCCACAACUCACAGUCUUGUGCAUCAGAACAAGACGCCCGAGAAUUGUGCUGGCCGCGCUCCGCAUCAUGCGUCAUCUCCUGCGUCACGGACAGACGGGACCUCAACUGGUGGCUGCGGUGGCGGAGAAGAAAGAGGAGAAAAACAUCUCUACGGUAAAUGCAGAUGAUGAAGAACUGUUUGGAAUGCUCGCCUCAGUCAUGGAGCAGCAUGCAGGACUGAGUGACUUGCAGGCAGAGGCCGCUGCUGUCGCGGCAGAGGCGGCGUUAAUAGACAUUGAAGGACUUUUGGAGAGUCCUGUUAUCAGCCAUGUACUUGCGGCGUUAGAAAGGCACGGACUAAGCACCGCCAUGCAGAGAGAAGGAGUGUUGCUUUUUUCGACGCUUGUGGACAUUCAUCGAGGAGGUACACCACGUGAGAAUGCGGCGAAUGACGUUAGACCGACACCUGUGGCGAUUCUCCUGUCUCAUGUUGGCGUUGUGGUGCGUUUUGUCGUGAGUGUGGCGAAGGCACAUGUCGGUAGUGUUGAUGUGAAACGCAAUGCGGUUCACUUUUUUCUUCGGUGUGCGUCAUACCCGGAAAAUCUAGACGUGCUUCUGCGAGAAGGUGUGUACCCUGUUCUUGUGGGCGCACUUCCUUCCGCCGUGCGAGUGCCUGAACUCUUUGCGGAGUUAACGGAAGCCAUCGCGCACUUUAUUCCUCUUUUAGAUCCACUGCAGCAACGUAGUCUUGUUCUUGUGGUGCGUCGCGUGUUACUUGAAACAACAUCGCCCAUUUUAGUCUCACUCUGCGCGGCUCUUCUGGUGCGGAUGUUACAGGUCGAGCCAAGAAGAGGGGAUCCCAUGCCAUGUCAAAGCAUGCAGCCUGGGUUGUCGCAAGAAGCGGCCCUCAACUUAUGCGUGCGGGGCGGUGAACGCACUCUCAGUGAUACCAUUCACUUGGGGGAGGGCGACAUCCGCGUGUUUAUGUCGUCGAACUUCAUCCCGCAGCUUUUGUGUUGUGCGGCUGACACCAUUGGCGAGGACGACGCGAUUUUACGACGUGUGGUGGCAGAAGCCAUUGAAUUACUCUCCCCAUAUCGGUGGCGGUAG